AUGUCGAGCUUUGAGAUCGUGGGCGUCGUUCUCGGGGCAUUCCCGAUUGCGAUAUCAGCGCUUCAAGGUUCCCGCCGUGGGGCCGAGCUGCUCGACUCCUGGCACGAGAUUCUCUCGCGGGGCAGCCAGGCUCAGCCCAGCCGCAGGCAAAGAUAUCGCGUCGCGCUCGACCUUGCGUCUUCCCUUGUCCAGCUGAAGUCUACUCCGUGGAUCACGGCUGCGCUGCGGAAGACGACCAUCGAGUUCAGCCACCAUGGUCUUAGAGCCGCGGAGCCCGUAUCUGAACUCGGAAGCCCGCUCAUUGCGUGCGGGUUCGAACCAACAGCAUCAUUGCCCGAAACACGGUCAGCUGGGGUGGUUGACUUCGCGGCAAUUCACGUGCUAGAUGUCAUCCUCUUUGAACUGUGCUUCGGCAAGCCGAUUGAAGAGUACGAGUCCAGAAAGAAACUUGACAAUGCAGGGUCUGGCAACUUUGAGGCAGCGGCUGCAUUAGACUUGCUCGCGGCGUUGGAGGGGUACUGGGAUGUUUUGAGCGAGGCCGGGCUAGAAUAUGCUGAUGCCGUUGAGUGUUGUCUUCGGGGGUGCCGAAAGACAGCUUCAGGGCCGUCGUGGAGGAAGGAGAUGUUGCAGAAUGUUGUAGUGCCGCUUGAGCCGUGCAAUUCCCACUUGUGGCCUAAGCCUUUGUAAUGGGUAAGAUGCGCACAUGGAUGCACGCUGAACAUCCGCUCUGCAGGCAGACCUGCGCCCAAAUUUAGCAUUGUUGAAAGUCGUCUCAUGUUAUGGUUGCACUACUCUGCAUUGGGUGAGCAGUUGUCUCUGUAGGCAGAGCCUCUAUCUAAGGUAUCGGGACGGG